UAUUUAUUUAUUUAUUUAUGAAUUUUUUUUUCAAGACAAAAAUGGAGAACGAUGGCCUCAAAUCUUACCAAGAGCAUACGGACGAUUAAUCGUGUCUUCAAAUCGGUAGCAAGGUAGCUGACGAGCUAAUAAAAAACCCACAAAACAAGAACCACACAAUAGAAAACGAGAACAAUAGCCACGUUUACCCGUCUAUUCAGAUUGUCUCUUUCAUUUUGACUGGAAUUUAUAGGGAAAACCGCAGCAGACAUUUAAACUGCGAAAUAAGAUGUUUUUUUAAAUACGCUUUGUCUCGAAAUCAUGUGCCAUUUUGCAUGUUUUGAAGACUUCAAGAACACGUUGGAAGACGUUUGGGAGACCAAGAAACAGGGAUAGGGGUCAACGAAAGGAGUGAACGGCACAAAAAAACGCUUGUGUUGCGUCUUGAAAUGUAUUGUUACAUACCCAUUCCGGAACCCUUUACAUCUCUGCCUAAUCUAGAGUAGAGAGAACACUGGCAAGGAGGAAACAUCUAGCUAUCUUUCAAGCUACAAUCACCACUGUAACAACAUGGAACGCAUGUGAACGUGCCACACGGGACCCAGAAUCAGCAAGAAAGGCUGCAGGAGAAAGAAACAAGGAAGCGAUCCCCUAACAGCUAAUAUCAACGCUAGCUAGCUAACGGUUGGCUAAUAAUAUUAUUUCUAAUGCGCGACCAAGGAGUAUGCGACUCGAUACCAAGAGUUGACUGCAGAGGGGAUGUCAGGCAGUAAGGCUCUGGGAGGGGCACGGCGGCGGCGGACGCGGUGCCGGCGCUGUCAGGCCUGCAUGCGGACCGAGUGCGGCGAGUGCCACUUCUGCAAGGACAUGAAAAAGUUUGGCGGGCCCGGAAGGAUGAAGCAGUCCUGUCUGCUCCGACAGUGCACAGCGCCUGUGUUGCCCCACACAGCGGUGUGCUUCUCGUGUGGGGAGGCGGGGAAGGAGGACACGGUAGACACAGAAGAAGAGAAGUUUAGCCUCUCUCUGAUGGAGUGUACCAUCUGCAAUGAGAUCAUCCACCCCAGCUGCCUCAAGAUGGGUAAAGCAGAAGGCAUCAUAAAUGAUGAAAUCCCGAAUUGUUGGGAGUGUCCAAAAUGCCAUAAGGAAGGCAAGACCAGUAAGGACGGGGGUGAUGGCUCAGGGAAGAGGCGGAUGGACAACGGGGAGGUGGGCCGAUGGAAGCUGACCGACGAUCCUCCACCCACCAAAAAGAAACCCCCCUCUUUAGAUGACGGGGGGCGGCAGGACGGUCACAAGAGGAAGAAGGAGAAGGAGCUUCCCCAGGACAGCGGCCCCAAAAAGAAGAUGAAAGGAGCGCAUGAAAAACGCUUGAAAAAGAAACAGAAGCCUAACGUGUCAGAGACUGCAGAGUCCAAUGGGCCCAACUCAUCCACCGGAGGCGGCCAGGGUUCCGGAGGGGGUUCCAACUCCACGCAGUCCCCCACCUCUACGGCCAGCCAGGACCAGCGCUCGCACCACCGUGAGAAAUUGGAGCGCUUCAAGCGCAUGUGCCAGCUCCUUGAGCGUGUCCGCGAGUCCAGCUCAUCGAGCUCGUCUAGUUCUGAGUCUGACUCGGAGUCCGACUCUGACUCGCCUUCCGGUUCAGAUGGCCGGCGCGGCUCUGAACCGUCCUCCCCCGUACUCGUCACUUAUAGCAACAGUGCAAGGGAGCGCAACCGGGAACGGGACAGGGAGAGGGACAGGAGGCUGGCGGAGCUGGGCUUCAGUGCCAGUGAGGACUCUGAGGGAGAGGGAAGUGUUAAGGAGGAGGAGGAGGCGGUGGAGGAGCAGGUUGUGGGAGACAAGCCUCGGCGUAGAGGCGAGGGACCUCCACGGGGCCGCAAGGGGCUCACGACGGACGGGAAUGACGAGGAGAGUGGGGAGAGGAGUCGGAAGUCUACCCCAUUGCCUCCACCCUCCCCUCUCUCCUCCACCCAGCCUCCACCUUCCUCCGGCCACGGCCCCUCGCCAGGUUCCGAGGGAUUCUCCGGUAAGCGCAGCAACGGCUCUGAGACGCGCAAUGGACGGACACGGGCGGGGGUGAGGGACCGGGAGACUCAGGAGAAGGAGAACGCCAACAACAGCAGCGGAGGCUCGGUGGCCAACCACCGACACGGAACUGGCAAGGGCAACAAGGGCAGCAAGAUCCGUAGCAACAAGCAAACAGGGUCCCAACCAACAUCGAGGAACAGUAGCAACUCUUCCGCUUCUACUGCCACUUCCACAUCCAAUGGGGGAGGGGGGGGGCUGCUGAGCCCAGGCAGCAACUCCUCAGGGGGCAUGUCAGCCCUCGCCGCCUCACCCCGGUCACAGCCGUCCCGGAUGGCUCCACGUUCGCAGAUGAUGAAACGCAGCCCCCCUGCUGUGCCCUCGCCUCCCCGGCCUGUUCAGAUGGAGCGGCACUUGGUGCGGCCACCACCCGCCUGCCCCGAGCCCCACUGCCUGCCCCUGGACAGCGGCUCCUCCCACGUGAUGCCCCGCGACGUCUGGCUCCACGUCUUCCAGCACCUCAGCCAGAGGGAGCUGUGCGUCUGCAUGCGGGUCUGUCGGACAUGGAGCCGGUGGUGCUGUGAUAAGAGAUUGUGGACUCAGAUUGACCUCAGCCGGCAGCGCUCUAUCACCCCUCCUAUGCUGAGUGGUAUAAUCCGCAGGCAACCAGUCUCCCUUAACCUGGGCUAUACCAACAUCUCGAAGAAGCAGCUCAUGUGGCUUAUCAACCGUCUACAAGGUCUACUGGAGCUGAAUGUGUCGGGCUGUCCCUGGUCCUCUGUGUCGGCCCUGUGUCAGGCUGCUUGUCCCUGCCUGCGUCUGCUCGACCUCAGCCGGGUAGAAGACAUGAAGGACUCGCACCUGAGGGAGCUCCUGGCGCCCCCUGCUGACACUCGGACAGCUCAUGGCGAGAGCAGAGGGGGGAGGUUCCAGAACGUAACAGAGCUGCGAUUGGCCGGGCUGGACUUGACAGAUGUCACGUCCCGCCUGUUGGUGCGCUACCUUCCCCACUUGACCAAGCUGGACCUGAGUCAGUGUGGCAACAUCACGGACCAGACCAUCCACACACUGACCUCCCCCAUGUCUCCACUGAAAGAUAGCCUCACCCACCUCAAUCUGGCAGGCUGUGUGAAGGUGACUGAGCUGUGCCUGCCCCUGUUGCGCCGCUGUGCCUCCCUGCAGAGCGCUGACUUGCGCUCCUGCACCUUGCUCACCCCUGAUGCCUGUCAGCUCCUCUCCUUCCCUUGCCCUGAUGAUAGAGUGCUGCUCAAGAACAGCUAAGGGCCUGCGACGCCUCCCCCCACACACAUACACACACAUCAACCCCCACCACACUACAGAGAUAAGAGAACGAGAGGGACCCUGCGAUGUGGGCAGUGAGCCAGCCACUGAGGGAAAAGGACAUGGAGUGGGAGCCACGAAAGAGAAAAGUGGGAUUAGAGAAUGAGAGAACCAUAGACCUUUGCCUACAUUUCUCUGGAUCGACUUGUUUGUGAACGGACAUCAUUGAAAAUGUUUUAGCAUGUACAUAUUCAAUAUCUGUACAAUGGGUGUGUGUAUAUAAAUGUAGUUUACUGUAAAUUACCCAAUCCGCCCCUUCCCUCUCUCCUUCUACCCUCACACCAACCAUUAUCCAGCUGAUGUGUAUAGGCACUGCGCCACUGUCUUGAACUAGCAUCAUUUGCACUCCAUAAUCAAAAACUCCUGACGAACUAAUCAAUUUCCUCUUUCGUGGCGUCAGACUACGAAGAAUGUACCCAAUGCCAGAGGCUGCGCCCCAUCGGAAGCCGUUUAAUGUCCAGACGGAUGCUGGGCUCAUGUUAGUGUGUAUGUCUUUGUAAGUAUGUGUGAGAGAUGUAAACGGUGUUAAUGUGACAGUUGGCGCGAGAAAGAGACGGAAACAUGACCCGUGUACGUCUCCUUCACCGCUAAGCUCUCUGCUGCCCUCAAUCUUUCUGGGGGUUAAGGACAUUCAAGGCCCUACAUAUCCUGUUCAAUGGCCGGAGAGCCACUAGAGCCCAUAACUCCUAGCCCCGACCACAACCCCUUAUUUUCCUUUUUUCCUGCCCAACGUGCCAUUCUUAUGGGGUCUGUCCAUCCUUGUCAAUCUGAUUGUCCUACUCUGUACACUGGACAGCCCUUCCCAUCACACUCUGUCUCUCUGCUGCCAUGGCUCUUUUGCAGCUUGUGCUGCCCACUGUCUGUGCUGUGUGCGUACAUUAUGCAGAGAGCUGGACCUUGCUGUGUCCGACUGCAAUGAACCAUGCUUACCGUACUGUUUCAUACCAGACCUGGAAUUUGCCACGGCCCCUUUCUUCACUGCUUCACGAUGCCUGGCUGAUGUAACAUUAUCUUGUAUAUUUGCAGACCGGUUCAGUCUAGAUCACGACCGCACGAACUUCCAGUCAAUGACUGACACGUUUUGAGUAUGACUUGGGAAAACUGUAUCGAUAACAGAGACCGUCCGUUGCACUGCGCUCGCUGCGCCACGUGGCAGGGGGGAUUAAAACUAAGGCUGACCCUGGUUGGACUUCUGCCUCAGAUGUGAGGGACUUUGAAGAUUUUCCCAGAAUUGGGUUUUCAUUUAAGUGUCCACAUGCUGCUUAUCUUCCAAAGCCAGGAACAUCCCAGCCCAUCCAACCUGCCUCGCAGUGUCAUUACCUUAAAGGUCUUGUAGGAUGAGGGUUUGAUUGAAUCAGUUGUAGCAAUUCCCCAAAUCGUUUCUCCAUUAGGGUACCCCUGAGCAUGCUGGUUUUGGACUCUAAUCACAAAUCCAGUGCAGUAUUUUAUUCAGGCUCAACUUUUUUAACCAAUCAACUCUCAAUCCAGUUCAGAGGCCAACAUCAACAGUCAGUUGUUCCUUUUUCUGCUCACCCUAUCAUUAUUAAUAAUGGAUGUUAUCGGUUGAAACCAGCAUGUACGGAAGGUUGUUCAGACCAGAGCCCAAGCUGUAUUUUAUUUGGUUGAGCUGUAUUGAAUUAACAUGAGCAGUAUUUGACAUGAGUAAACGUCAUUCAGCUGAAUGGGACUGCAUUGGACCAGUUCAGAGAGUAGCUAUUGGACUCAACAGGCCAGUUCAUUCAGUAUUGGACUGGACAUCACUUUGUCAUGCAAUGCUGGACUCAACCAUGCCAGGUUGGGUCAAGUGUUUUUUUUUGUCUGUCUCCUCCUUCAAUAGCAGUUGUCCACUUCCUGAGCCAUGUUGAUCUGGAUUUGUGCUUCAGUGCCACAGUGGAUCUUGCUGCUGUGUGCUAUCUGGAACUAAACCCAACCAACUCUAGGUGGGUUGGUGGACGGUCUUAAACCUCAAUCUGUAAUUCUCAUCUAAAUCACGUGUUUCCGUAUCCUUUCAACUAUUCUGUUUGACUUUGUGAUUCCAUCCUCAUCGUUUCAAUUCCCAAUACCAUUUAUUAGAACUCAAAUCAGCUUCCUUUGGGUAUAACAUGUAGGGCUAGAGGCCUGCCAAGUAACUCUAGAGCCACUAGACAAAUGGUAGUUGUCCCAAUGCAUUCAGUUGUACAAUUUUAGGUAUCUCCCUUUCCCUAAAAGGUUGGUUUGAAAGGUCACAUGCCCAGCUUGGACAGCGAUUUCAUCUUUACCCAGUGUAUUCUAAAUCGCUUCCAGUGUUCCUGUGUGAAUUUAUUGACUUGCGUACAAAGCAUUGGUACCAGGAUUGCACUAACUGAUUGAUCAGAAGACCAUUUAGGAGGGAACACUGAGCUAUAGUGUGCUUUAUUACCCUGAAAGUGUAUCUAUUAAAACAGGUCAAAUUAAGACACAGCCAAAUCAUGAACCUUAAAAAAGAACUUGAUUCAAAAGUAGAACUAAUUAGCUGUCCAUGCUAGUUACCAUUUAGCUGGGUAGUCCAGCGUGUUUCAAUGUUAGCUCAGGUUGAGUCCUACUUUAGAUCAUAGAUGAGUCAUUGUUGUUUGCCACUAAGCAAUGCUGCUUACAGAGCUGAGCUUACCAAGUAGCAACUGUAAUUGUGGUGGGCUGAGGCUUACAGCAAAGCAAAUGUCCAAUAUAUGGUGGGAAAUUGCCUUGUGCCAUACACACUCAUCCAAAUCAAUAUUUAACUUUUCAUAGACUGAAUGGGUCAGUUUUCCAAAAAUGUUUACUUCCAUCAGUAAUGUGGGGUUGUUACUACUCCUCGUCAUCCAGUUUGUUCAUCAGCGCACAAUCUAGCAUGCGAAAGCAUAUCAAAAGUUAAACUGACAACCACUUUCGGAGAGAAAAUAAAUGGGUAGCGGUUCAUGGGAAUUGAUCCGGUUGUCUGAUAAGGACAUUAUUCCAGACUCAAAUCUGUCAUCUUUUUCACUCCCAGCCUAGCCAAGUUGACUCAGAUUUGACCCCUAGAUUGUAGUCUUGUCUCUACCAAACUGUAUUGCACCAGAGACGCACUGGGUCAACAUUGUCAUCAUCACCUCUUGCCAAAAUUCCUGCUUUCUUUGAUAAGGGGCAUUUUAUCCAUUUAUUUUGCUCUUGUUUAUUUGUUCAUUGUUUCUUCCAUUGUGUUGAUCAAAAUGAGAAAGAAAAGUAGAACAAUGUGAAAAGAGACAAAAAGAAACUCAAGGCAGCUACUUUUGAGUGACUACUGUAAAAUGACUAACUAAAUAAAGACAGUGGGGUGUUUUUUA